AUGUCUGGACUGCAGGGGGCGCUACAGCCCGAAGGCGGGGACUGGAUGCUGCCACCUUCUAAGAAGAUCUGCCUGCCUUUCCAGGAACCGUGGGUCCCCACUGUCGGUCAUCCGAGGACAGCCCACUCUCUGUCACUCCUCCCUGUGGUGUUUGGGUGUGCCCUCCUGUGGGCUGUCUCCAUCCCCUGGUUGGCCUGGGGGGAAGAAACCUUCACCCUGGGGGUGCUGGGUCCUUGGGACUGUGACCCCAUAUUUGCCAAGGCCCUCCCCAGUGUGGCUACCCAGCUGGCUGUGGACCGAGUCAACCGGGAUGCCUCGCUAUCCCUCGGUUCACGGCUGGCUUUCAGGAUCCUCCCCACAGGCUGCGACACCCCUCAGGCCCUGGCCACGUUCCUGGCCCACAAGAACACCGUGGAUGCUUUUGUGGGCCCUGUCAAUCCCGGGUUUUGCUCCGUGGCAGCUCUGCUGGCCCAAGGCUGGGGCAAGACGCUCUUCUCCUGGGCCUGUGGGUCUCCGGAGGGAGCAUCAUCAUUGGUGCUCACCUUGCCGUCCGCUUCCCACGUACUGCUGUCUGUCCUGAGGCACUUUGGCUGGGCUCACUUGGCAAUUGUGUCUUCCCACCAGGACAUCUGGGUGGCCACAGCUCAGCAGCUGGCCUCAGCUUUCAGAGCCCACAGUCUGCCUGUGGGGCUGGUGACCUCUCUGGGACCCCGUGAUCAGGGGGCUGUGAAGGUUGUCAAGCAGCUCAGCCGUGUGGAUGGCCUGAAAGUUGUGGUGCUGUGCAUGCACUCGACGCUGCUGGGGGGCUUGGAGCAGGCGGCCCUGCUGCUCCGCACUCAUGCAGAGGGCCUGGCUGAUGGGAGGCUGGUCUUCCUGCCCUACGACACGCUGCUCUUCGCUCUGCCCUACCGCGACCGUUCCUACCUGGCCCUGAGUGAGAGCGGGCCCCUGCAGGAGGCUUACGAUGCAGUGCUUACCGUCACCCUGGAGUCCAGCCCCGAGGAUCGCCAUGCUUUUGCUGCUACCAGGCUGGGCACAAGGGCUGCUGCCCACCGACAGCCAGAGCAGGUGUCCCCACUCUUUGGAACUAUCUGUGAUGCCGUGUUCCUUUUGGCCCAUUCUCUGAACCGCUCUAAAAGCCGUGGCGCAGGGCUCUCAAGGACCCACCUGGGGGACUACAUAGGGGCUCUUGAUGUGGCUGGCUUCAGCCAGAAGAUCCGCACGGAUGAGAAGGGCAGAAGGCUAGCCCGGUAUGUCAUUCUAGACACAGAUGGUCGAGGAAGCGAGCUGGUCCCCACACACAUUCUGGACACAAGCAGAUGGCAGGUGCAGCCUCUUGGAAAGGCCAUACACUUUCCCAGAGGGUCUCCUCCAGCCCGUGACUCCAGGUGCUGGUUUGACCCCAAUGCACUAUGCGUGAGAGGUACACAGCCCUUGGGAAGCCUGCUGGCUCUGGCACUGGCGCUGGCUUUUGUACUAGCACUGGCUGGUGGAGCCCUUAUUUACCUCAUCAGGUUGGGACUCCGGAAGCUGCGGCUGAGUCAGGGACCCCACCGGAUCCUGCUGACAGCUCAAGAGUUCACUUUCCUCUGCAAGACCCCCAGCCGCGGGAGGCCGCACGUGGACAGUGGAAGUGAAUCAAGAAGUGCAGCGGAUGGCGUGAGCCUGAGGUCAGGGUCAGCCAGGAGCCUGCCGGGUGCCCUGGAACAUACCAGCAUGGCCCUGUACCAGGGCGACUGGGUGUGGCUGAAGAAGUUUGACGUGGGCUCAGCCCCUGAGCUGCGGCCGAGCAGCCUCAGCCUCCUGAGGAAGAUGCGGGAAAUGAGGCAUGAGAAUGUGGCCACCUGCCUGGGCCUUCUCGUGGGCCCUGGGGUCAGUGCUGUGGUGCUGGAACACUGCGCCCGUGGCAGCCUGGAGGACCUGCUGCGGAAUGAGGCCCUGCGGCUGGACUGGACCUUCAAGGCCUCUCUGCUGCUGGAUCUGAUCCGAGGCAUGCGGUAUCUGCACCAUCGACAUCUCCCCCAUGGCCGCCUCAAGUCCCGGAACUGUGUGGUGGACAGACGCUUCGUGCUCAAGGUCACGGACUAUGGUUAUGCGGAGCUCCUGGAAUCUCAGAGGUCUCCCAGGCCCCAGGCAGCCCCAGAAGAACUCCUGUGGACGGCUCCAGAGCUGCUGCGGGGACCCAGGGUUCCUGGACGGGGCACCUUCAAAGGGGACAUCUUCAGCCUGGGCAUCAUCCUGCAGGAAGUGCUGACUUGGGGCCCGCCUUACUGCUCCUUGGGGCUCUCAGCCGAAGAAGUCAUCCAGAAGGUGGCGUCUCCCCCGCCCCUGUGCCGGCCACUGGUGACCCCUGACCAAGGGCCGCCCGAGUGCAUCCGGCUGAUGGAGCAAUGCUGGGAGGAAGAUCCAGAUGACAGACUAAGCCUGGACCAGAUCUACACACAGUUCAAGAGCAUCAUUCGAGGCAAAAAGAGCAGUGUUGCAGACUCCAUGCUGCAGAUGCUGGAGAAGUAUUCCCGGAGCCUGGAGGACCUGGUGCAGGAGCGGACAGAGGAGCUGGAAUUGGAGAGGCGGAAGACAGAAAGGCUGCUUUCCCAGAUGCUCCCUCCAUCUGUGGCCGAUGCUCUGAAGAGGGGGACAGCCGUGGAACCAGAGUACUUUGACCAAGUUACCAUCUACUUCAGUGACAUUGUGGGCUUCACCACCAUCUCAGCGCUGAGUGAGCCCAUGGAGGUUGUGGGUUUGCUCAACGACCUCUACACACUGUUCGAUGCUGUCCUGGGGAGCCAUGAUGUGUAUAAGGUGGAGACUAUUGGAGACGCUUACAUGGUGGCGUCUGGUCUGCCUCGGCGCAAUGGGAACCGGCACGCUGCGGAGAUCGCCAACAUGGCCCUAGACAUGCUCAGCUCUGCAGGGGACUUCCGGAUGAGGCAUGCGCCUGACGUGCCCAUCCUCGUCAGGGCUGGUCUGCACUCAGGGCCCUGUGUGGCAGGGGUCGUGGGGCUCACCAUGCCUCGGUACUGUCUCUUCGGGGACACUGUGAACACUGCCUCCCGGAUGGAGUCCACAGGGCUGCCCUACAGGAUCCACGUCAGCCGAAGCACUGUCCAGGCCCUUCUCAGCCUCGACGAAGGCUACAGAGUCGACAUCAGAGGCCAGACUGAGCUGAAGGGGAAGGGUGUGGAGGAAACCUAUUGGCUGGCAGGGAAGGCGGGUUUCUGCAGACCACUCCCUGCGCCUCUGCCCAUCAAGCCUGGGGACCCCUGGCAGGACCUCGUCAACCAAGAAAUCAGGAUGGCUUUUGCCAAAGUCCGCCGGGCUUCAGCUGGGCCAGGAAGCUCAGAAAUGGUCCAGGCCCGGCCCUGAGGACAGGCCAGUGGGGCAGGGGCCACAGCAGCGGCGACACUGGGCCACCCAGCCACUUCCUGCCCCAACUCCUGUCCCUGAGUUCCCUGGUGGCUUCCAUGAGAGGUAUUACCUGAUGCAUUCUUGUAUGACUCCCAAG